AUGACGGACUCGUUUCUCAACAGUGAGCCGUGCAAGGAAUUCUCUCAUGGCAAGGAGAACAAAGAAUUCGUCGAUCGUCUCACUAAAAUCCUAGGCGCAGGUUUCCGAUUCAACGAUCAAGUUUGUCACAAGUCAGACGAGGUGAUCGAGGAUUUUACUCUUGACCCUCUCGCACUCGACCGACACAUUGCUGCAAUCAAAGCCGCUAAAGGAGGAAAAGAAACCAAGUCAGUCAGCGGCUCAACUGGCAAAGCAAUACCGCAUGUCUCUAGUCUCAACUAUGUGCCAUCUACAUCCGCGAAGCUGUCUGCCGCCGAAUAUAACGCACUUGUGACGAAGACUUUCCCAGAGUAUGAGACCCUAAAGCCAGGAGAUUGGUCAGAAAAAGACGCGAUGUUCGUUGCUUGGGAUUUGGUCAGACGCUAUCCUACAUCCUACAUCGGUAAGACCAACCGACCCAAGGCCGCUCCUUUCUUUGAGAGCAUGACCGAAGAGCAGACCUGGGACUUCUUCUACGUAUACCAUCCCAAAAUGCUCCAUGAGUCGCCUUACAUAUUCGUCCCCACCAAGCAGUUCAAUCACUUCCUUGAUAUCAUUAACGCCUCCAUUCAGACCAAACUCACUAUCCCUGAUGGGCAACCUGGCGAGAAGUUCUACAUUACAUUUGGAUCUAGCUGCACCAUUCGCCCCAAAUACGUUGGACGUUCAUCCUCCCACAACGAAUAUCUGGCUCUGCAGGGCGCAAUUCCUCCCCCGGUCGACGAAGAUGCCUGCCAAGGUGCACUCAUUCAUGGCAUGGACUUUUUGCUAGCCAACCUUAACGCCCACCUCGAUACAACCACGACGAAGAGCAAAAGCAGAAAGAAGAAGCAAGCGAAAGCCCAGAAUCGCGCUGAAUCUAUUUAUGACGCCCAGACGUACCUUGGCCUCCGACCCCAGGCGGGCGUUAUCGAGGGGAAAGAGAAGUUGAAGACCGAUGAGCUGGUCCCUAACGCCCUGAUCAAGGAGGUCAUCUUCAUAUGCAUCGAUAUUGAGGUUGCCGAAGAGCACCAUGGUACUAUUUUGGAGGUCGGAAUGUCUGUGUUGGACACCAAGGACAUCGUCGAUAUUCCGCCUGGUGAAACCGGACAAAAUUGGUUUUCUUACAUCAAGAGUCGCCAUCUGGUCACGGCUGACUAUAAACAUAUCGUGAACAGGAAGUACGUCAAGGGCUGUCCUGAGCUUUUCAACUUUGGUGAAAGCGAGUAUCCUAAUGUCAAUGAACUCAGAGACAAGAUUCUCUCCACCUUCAACGAGCUAUCAACCUCUGGCGUUCCCAAGAAAGAAAUGCCCUUUCGCAACAUCGUUCUCGUCGGCCACGACCUCGACUCCGACCUCAGCUACAUGGCCAGCAUGAAUGUUCACCCCUGGAGCGUCGACGGCUUGUUGCGCUGCCUUGAUACGAAGGACAUGCACCAGGCCUGGAGAGAGGAAGGUCAAGGUCGCAGCUUGGGAUUUGUGUUGCAAGACCUGGAAAUUCCGUCCAAGAACCUUCACAACGCUGGAAAUGAUGCUGCUUAUACCCUUCGUGCGAUGCUUGGCGUGGCUGUUCGUGCCAGAAUGGAUGAACAAGUCGGAAGGAAGAAGUGA